UCCCUCUCCCUCUUCCUGGCCCCCCCUCCAGCCCUCCCGAUGACCACAUGACCAAGUGGGCUCACGGCCAAGCCGUGAGCUACAAAAUGCAGCCCCUGGAGUGAGCGGGGAGCAUUCUCGCUGGCAGCCGGGGCCACGGGCAAUCGGAACAGCGGCCGAGCAGCCAGCCUCUUGGAAAAAGCUCGCCGCCCCCACCCCCAACCCCGGAGCCUCCCACCGAGGCCAGCUUGGCAGCGCUGCCCCGCCGCAGAGAGGGAGGCUGCAGGAGAGCAGGCGGCGAGCGAGCGCGGCGGCCGGCCAGCCUGCGGGCCCGGGAACCACGCGAGCUCCGCGCACGCACGCACGCUCCGCUGCUCUCGCGCCUUCGCUCGCCUCCGGGCACCCGGCCUCCCCGGCCUCCCCGCCCCCUGCUAGGGCCGCGGCGGCCGCAGGCGAGAGCAGCAUGAAUCUGCGGCUGUGCGUGCAGGCGCUGCUGCUGCUCUGGCUGUCCCUGACGGCGGUGUGUGGAGGGCCCCUGCUACAGCCUUCUGACGGGAACGGGAUGCAGGAAGGGAAUGUCCGCCACCUGGUGCAGCCCAGAGGAUCGAGGAAUGGACCAGGGCCCUUGCAGGGAGGUCGGAGGAAAUUUCGCCGGCAGCGGCCACGCCUCUCCCAUAAGGGCCCCAUGCCUUUCUGAAGCAGGAUUGAAGGGGCCUCCAAGUACCCCUGCGGCCCCCUCUACUCCAUAGAUUGGUCUGCUGCUCCGGAGCCCUCGCAUUCAUGUGCCUCUCAUCUUGCACCUGUCCUACCUGCUGAUGGUCCCGGCUCUUCUCACCCACCAACUUCCCUCAAUGGCAUGGUCUUGUCCCUGGUUUGGAUGAGUCCCUUCGUCUUCCAAGGAUCCAUUCAGCCCCUUUUCCUGGCCUUUCCCCACCCUUCCCAGACUGCCUGUGGAGACCCAGCACUAGGAGGCCAUCCUUCUUCUCCCCGGCCCUGCACCUGCUCUAGUCCCCACCUUGCCCUUCCAGGACUAAGCCCUUCCUUUCUCAGGAAUGCCCUGGGGACUGGGGGGCAAACACUCCCUUCUCCAAUGGGCUCUAGCAGGUCCCAGGUUUUUGUGUCAGCUGGCCUCUUCCCCUGGCCUCCAGAGCAGGAUUGAGCAAUGGGUAAUGAGAGGCUAGUUAGAGGGGCUGGGGCAUCAGUGUGCAGACAGCAUGCCUUGGGGACACUGAGACAGGGACUUGCUCUGCAGCAAAGGGAGGCAUGAAGCACUGGACAAAGGGACGAAUGGCAGCUGGGGCUUCUUCCCCUCCCACAUUUGACCAGAUAAGGAAGAGGCAAAAGAGAGCCACCCUGGAAUACCUUGUCAUCCUCUCACCUUUCUGUGUCUCCUACCACUUCCCCCACCAACUCACUCCCCCAACUCCCACCUUCACCAGAUAGUUCAAGUUCCAGCUCAGGAGGGGAGGGUGCUGGGCCGGCGAUGACUUUAUACCUUCCCAGGAGCAAAAGCCAAGCAAGAGGAGGGUUUUUGCCAAGAAUCACAGAAUAUCAGAGCCAAAAGGAACCUUGGAGAUCACUUAGCUCUGCCUCCUGCAAACUCCUGCAGAAACAGAGGCCUGGAGAGGGGCAGUGACCUGCUUGGGGUCGCUGCACAGCCAGAAUGAGGACUGAGGUCUCCCAACUCCCACUUGAUGAUGUCCUCUUCCCUCCUGAUAAUGUCUUUUUAAACCACAGUAAGUGCCUUUGCCCAAGGUUGGGGCUGGGGGUGGCAGGGAAGGGAGAGGCAGAGGCAGCUGUGAACUCUCCUGUGGUCCUGUGGGGAUGGAGCUGCUCACCCUCCCUGGCCUGCACCCUCUAGUCUCUUCCCCAGCCUGGGCUGAGGAGUCCCAUGACUGGCCAGCAGCCCCCAUUCCUGCAGUGCUCCCAGACCCUGGGCAUUUCCACAUGGGCAGCUCGGGCUCUGAGAUGACUAACUGGUGGCCCAGCCCAGCACUGGGUCUCAGGGGCCAGUAGGUGGCCUUAAGUAACUGGACUCGAUACUUUCCCUUCAUGUUGACUGGACCUUCUUUCCCAGUGACUUUUCCUUGGGGGAGUGGGGAAGGAAAGAAAGGAUGGAUGGAGACAGGGAAGAGAGAGGAGAGAGGAAAGAUGGGAGGAAGGGAGGAAGGAGACAUGGGAGGAGUAGAGUUCUGAGCAGGCUUCCUUCACAGAGGACUCCCAAGAGGAAGACAAGGGGAGAGAAGAGCCGGAUGGCCACCUGUGUAUGUGUGGGGGCAGGGAGAGUCAGGGCUUUGGGUCCCACAGCGCCCCAGAUGUUGCCUCCCUGUCUCUCCCCCUUACCUCCUGCUGCUAUUGCUAUACUACUGCUGCUUCAACACCUGCCCUGGGCGCCAGUCUGGGUGCCACCAACCCUCAGGCUCAGAGUGGGAGGCUGGCCCAUGUCCAGAAAGCCCAUUGUGCCACUGAUGCCCCCACCAGGGCCUGGGCCUUCCUCUCCCUCCUCCUCUCUGUAUCUCCUGCCUCAUCAGCUGCCCAGCCCCAUGGGGAAGGAGGAAACGGGGGAUGGGGGACAGAAGAGGGCAGUGGGCUGAAGGGCUGUAUUAUUUAAAGUGGUUGUGUAUGAUUCUUAUACUAAUUUAUACAAAGAUACUAAGGCUCUUUUCAUUAAAUUGUCCCCUUCCUAUAACUGUGUUCACUGUAUUUGUAAAGAUUGUUCUGUGUAAAUAUGUCUUUAUAAUAAAGAGUUAAAAGCUGACAAUU